AUGACGGUGUUUCUCUAUCCGACUCUGGUGCUACUGCUACUCUUGGUGGCGUCGAGCAUGGCGCUUCCACCGCGCCAACAGCACUACCUUACCACUCAAGACAACACACCAACUUGGGCCAACGAGGCCAGUCCUGCAUCGAUACAUCACAAUAUACACCCAGACGAGGCACUGCCAGUCGCAGAAGCGGCAUUGAGCGUAGCCACGGAUUUUGAUCAGACUAUAGACCUUCCGUCGGCACCGACAAGUUCGUUGCCGUUGUUACAGCGCGACUGGUGA